AAGUCAGAAUCAUUAAGACCACGUUUUACUUUGGUUGUUAUUUGGUUGAUAGUUUUUAUGAUCUAAUCUGUAUUUAUUGUUUAAGAAUUUAUAUCAUCAUAAAAAUAAUGGAUUACAACAGUAAAUUAAAAGAAUUAGCAUUAUGUCUUUUUAAAAUUAAUGCCGUAAAGUUUGGUGAAUUUGUAACCAAAAGUGGAAUAAAAACACCGGUUUAUUUUGAUUUGCGUGUUAUUGUGAGCUAUCCAGAUGUGAUGGAGCUAAUAUCAGUACUGCUGUAUGACUUUGCAAUUAAAGAAAGCAAGUGUCAGCAUGUAUGUGGUGUGCCUUAUACAGCCUUGCCAAUAGCAACACUACUCAGUGUGAAGGCAAAAAAGUCUAUGUUGAUGAGAAGAAAGGAAGCUAAAUCUUAUGGAACAAAGAAAGUCAUUGAAGGCCAUUAUUGUGUUGGAGAUUCAUGUCUUAUAAUAGAAGAUGUUAUAACAUCAGGGUCUAGUGUCAUGGAGACAGUGAAUGACUUACGCAAAGAAGGUCUGAAAGCUGAUGAAGCUAUAAUAAUUCUUGAUAGGGAGCAGGGUGGUAAACAGAAUCUGGAGAACAAUAAUGUCAGUGUCAAGUCACUUUUUACUAUGUCUGAUUUAAUUGGAAUUUUAGUUGAGAGUAAGAAAGUAACAGAGCAGAUGGGAAUAGAUGUAAAGAAUUAUCUGAAUAAUGUGCAGGCACCCAAAUCAGUGUCUUUAAAUGAAAGAAUACUACUUCCCUAUGAGAAACGUGCUGAGCUGACAUCAAACCCCAUAGCAAAGAAACUGUUCAAUAUAAUGGCAGUUAAAAAGACAAAUCUUUGUAUCUCAGUAGAUCUCACAUCAUCCAUUAAAAUACUUGAUCUUAUUGAACAGAUUGGAGAUCACAUAUGUUUAGUGAAGACACAUAUAGAUAUCAUUGAAGAUUUCUGUGAUAAUUUUAUAACUUCGUUAACUAAUAUGGCGAAGAAGUUUAAUUUUUUGAUAUUGGAGGACAGGAAAUUUGCUGAUAUAGGCAAUACCAUAGCAUUGCAGUAUGAAAAAGGAUUGUAUAAGAUAAAUGAGUGGGCAGAUUGUGUGACCUGUCACUCACUGCCGGGGGAGGGGAUUUUGAAGGCUUUCAGUAGUUCUAAUGAAGGUACAAAUAAGGGCAUUUUUCUACUUGCAGAAAUGAGCAGUGAGGGCAACCUAAUCACCCCAGAAUAUACUCAAGCAACUGUCAAAAUGGCUGAAAAAUAUUCUAAACUUAUCACAGGAUUGGUAUGCCAAAAGAAAGAAACAUUUAAUAAUCCCGAAUGGAUUCAACUCACACCGGGUGUUCAGCUGGAAAGCUCCAAAGAUAGCUUAGGUCAAGUAUACAAUACUCCUGAAAAAGUUAUAUUGGAGAAUGGUGCAGAUUGUGUGGUUGUUGGACGGGGUAUUGUGUUUGCUAAGAACCCUGCUGCUGAAGCAAUUGUUUAUAAAGAUACUCUGUGGAGGUGCUAUAUGAAGAGGAUAUCUGGAAAAAUAGAAUAAACUUAUACUUUAUGUUAUAGAUAAAUAAGCUGAGGAAUGAAAUAGUGACUAUCUGAUGUGUUAUGUCACAUAAUUUUUAAUUAUUUGCAAGCAUCAUUACAAAAUAUUACAAUUUAUUUCAUUAUCUGUUAUGUUACACUAACCUACAGUUUUUUCUUAAAAAGAAUGUAAGUAAGUAGUAGGAAAAUGUAUAUAUUAUAAUGUACAUUUUUGAAGAGAUGCAUACCCAUAGCCUUUGUCCCAGAGUAUAGAUAUAUCUUUGAAAAUUUUCUAAGUGAUUUAUGUAGAAUUACUUAUAGAAAAUAUAGUAGUAGUGUAACUAUAGUUAAGACUGUAUUCCUAAAUAUUAUAAAUAAAGUAAUUAUGUGAUUAUAUUUAGUGCCUUAUGUGAUGAGUUCAUGUUUUUGAAGAGUUUAUGAGAAUAUUUUUUAUAAAACUGCGUUUUUCAAUGUUCAAUGUUAUGAACAAUUACUAUUCCAUUAGAAUAUUACCCAUUUUUCGUAAAUAAAUGCUUUAUAUCUAGUUAA